AUGGCCGCCAGCAAGGAGCCGGCGCGGGGGGCAUGUCCCGCAGGCUCACAGCAGCGCGCGUCCCACUGCAGCGCCCGGCGGCCGCCGCCGCCUCCUCCUCCGCCGCCGCCGCCGCCGCCUCCAAGUUGUAAGCGGCGGCGGCAGCAGCAGCAGCAGCAGCGGGGAGGCGGGGGGCGGGGAGGCUGGGGGGGGCCCCCUCCGCUGGGGCCGCCACAGCCACCGCCACCGCGAGGCGGCUGGCGGGGCAGGGGCGGCGCUGGCCCGGGCUCAGCCGAAAAGGCGGACAGGCACAGGAGGCUGCUCGAGCGCCGGGGCCAGGCGUCCGGGAACCCCGACACCCUGCGCCAGACCCGGCCGAAGCAGCCCGCCCCACUGCGCAGGGCCAUGCAGGGCGGCCCCGCUGGGUACCGCGCGGGCCUCGCUGCCCUCCGCACCCCGCCCCCCGCUCCCGCGGGAAAAGCAGGGACUGGAACCGGAGCCAGAAAGCGGCCGGAGGGCGGCCGCGGGGCCCGGUACCCCUGUGGGUCCAGCUCGCGGGUGGCGGCGCCCAGCAAGGAGCCUGCAGGUCCGCGCGCCCCGCCGGACCUGCUUCCCCUUUUACCUCUCCUCGCCCCCUCUCGGUGGUGGGGAGGAAAAGUUUGCGAAGUGGCGGUGUCUCUGGAGUCCCCUGCAAGCGGAGAGGGGGCCGAGCAGAUAGGAAAACUUCCAGCAAGACAGGAUCACGUGCCCAGGAUCCCACAGUGAUUCCGAUGUGGAGCCAGCCCUGGAAGCCUCUCCGUGGCUUCUGUCUAGCCCUCCUUCGAGGACCCCCGCUGCUUUCUGGCCCCAAGCUUAGAGUGCCUUGAGUGGCCACCUACCAGCCCCCAGGCCCUGGUUCUUCCUCUCUUCCACCCGUGGGAAUAGACCCGUGGACUCAGGACCUCCCAGGCAGUGUCUGAGCCGUGGAAGCAGAGGGUUCCUCAUCCGCCCGUCCACACCCCACAUGUGCCACUUUCCAAGGCGCUGGACCUGCGGGUGGAAUGGGAGCUCCUGGGAGCAAAGCCUGGGCUCAAUCAAGCAUCCUCCCUACAUCCCCAGCAUCCAUCCCGGAUGGUGUGUGCCACACAACAGCCCAGAGAGUCCGGCUGGGGGCAGUGCCUCUGGGUGCCUGCCUCCCUCACAGCCCCCGUGGGUCUGGGUGUCCCAACUCUAGCCCCACCUGGAGAAGCAUGUGGAACUGAGGUGUGGCCAAUCAGAGUCCAGAAUUCCACAGGGCCACGGUGAUUGGCUGGAUUUGGACGUGUGAAGGCCCACCUCAACCAAUCACAGCCCUCCUCUGGGUAGGGCUGUCAGCAGAUAGGUGACCUGAGGAGGGAGGCAGGUCCUUCCUGACUCUUUGAGAACCCCAACGCAGGCACGUAGCGCACACGCGAGCCACCCAACUGGGGUGAGCAAGUGCAUUCUCUUGUGGGCUUAAGCCACAGUCAGUUGGUCCCAAGCCUGUCCGGUGCUGCUGGUGCCCGUGCGCUGUGUUCACAGCCUGUCUGUGCCCUCCAGCAGCCCCAACAUGGGCCUCCCUUGGACCUCAGUUUCUGUAAAAACAGAUGUACCUUAUUAGCUAAUAAAGAACAUCAUGGUUUUAUAACUCCA